AUCGACGAAUCUAGUGCGACGAUACCUACCGGUGACCUAUGCAGUUGUAUGGCAGCAGGGUAUUUCCACUAGUGACGACCCUCGCGCGCCCUUGUAGCUAUUGCGGCUUUUUUCUCAUAGUGUGAAAUUAUCAAAAGACAUCUUAAAACUAUUAAUUUCAGAGAGAAAUAUUUAAAGAAAAGAUAAACACAGCUUCGCUUACAGAUAUGUAUUUUGUCUUCAUUUUAUACGGUUACCUUAUCUCUUAUACAAAUGCAUCCUAGAACUCUCACCGAUUAAAGGCCAAAAUUCUUUAACACACCUUAUGUUUCAGGUCACCAAAGAUCUACACGGAGACUCAAAAUCAUGAUGUCUUCACUCUUCACCCUGAUUUUAAUUUGGAAAAAAAUGAAAUAUUUUUGAAAUGCUGACGGAAAGGGUUACCCAAGCUUUCUUAUGUCAUCUUUGAUUCCUCACUCCCUUUACUUAAUAAAAUUCUAUAUAUUAAAUCACCUUCACGCUGAAUUGUUGGAUAUUCCUUUUUUGGUCUUGAUCUCUUCUGGUUUGUGACAUGUCGGUUCUUUGUUAUAUUCUCAAUCGAUCUCUCUCUAUAUAUAGGAUCAUAUCCCUCUUCAAACAUCAGCACAACUCAAAGUUUCUGAACAUUCCUUUUCUGUCUCACGCACACACAAAAGCACAAAGAAAUGGGGAUAGUGAGUGAACACAAGAGAAGGUAUGCAUUGUUGCUAGCAGCAAGAGACUCAGAGUAUGUGAAGAAGGUGUAUGGAGGGUAUUUUAAUGUAUUUGUCGCAGCUUUUGGUGAAGAAGUAGAAGAGAGGUGGGAUUCGUAUAGGGUAGUUGAUGGGGAAUUCCCUGACAUGAAUGAGCUUCAAGACUACGAUGGGUUUGUCGUGAGUGGAAGUCCUUAUGAUGCUUAUGGUGAUGACAAUUGGAUUCUUGAGCUUUGCGUUCUUUUGCAAACCCUAGAUUCCAUGCAAAAGAAAGUCCUUGGCAUUUGCUUUGGCCAUCAGGUUCUGUGUAGAGCAUUAGGGGGAAGAGUAGGGAAAUCACAAAGUGGGUGGGACAUAGGGCUUAGGAAAGUGGAGAUUAUACAAAAUUUCUCACCUUGCAGCUUUCUUGAAAGCUUGACUGAGAUUCCCCCAGCCCUCUCCAUCAUCGAGUGUCACCAAGAUGAGGUGUUGGAGGUGCCAAUGGGAGCAGAAGUCAUAGCAUUCUCAGACAAAACAGGAGUCGAGAUGUUCACAAUUGGAGACCACAUUCUUGGGAUUCAAGGCCACCCGGAGUACUCCAAAGACAUUCUAAAUAACCUCAUAGACCGCCUUCUCAAUCAAGAUGCCAUUGAGAUUGGACUUGCAGAAGAUGUAAGGUCAAAGUUGGAAAUUGCGGAGCCAGAUAGAAAGCGUUGGCAAGAAAUAUGCAAAGCAUUUCUUAAGGGUUCCGAGAAUCAGCGUCAAAAGUACGUAUUAAACACUGAAGAAGUGAUGUUUUCUUGAUGAUGAAAAGUUCAAGAAAAUUGUACAUAUUAUUUCAACUCUCCCCCGUUUUCUUGUGUUUUCGCAUUACAAAGAGUGGCCUAAAAUGGACAUGAUCAAGUCCAUCUACGAUCUGUAUGAUAAUAUGAAUUACAUACAAAAAUAUUUCUCA